ACCACAAAGCACAUCAGUCAUUAGUGAUUUCUCUUUCUCACUCUCUCAUCCUCCUUUCUGUUUUUAGCCUUAAAGUUUUUUUUUUUUUUUUUAAUUUUAUUUCUCUCUUUCUCAUCCUUUUAAUUUCUUUCUCUUUUUAUGCCAAAGAUUUGUUUGAUUUUUUUGUUUUUUUGAGCGAAAUGGGCAGGAAAUGCUCGCAUUGUGGGAAAAUGGGUCACAAUUCAAGGACUUGCACCUCCCACAGAAGAGGUGUUAUUAGUGGUGGGCUUAGGCUUUUCGGUGUUCAACUUGACCUAUUUUCUUCUUCUUCUUCAUCAUCGUCAUCAUCAUCUACUUCUCUUGCUAUGAAGAAAAGCUUUAGCAUGGACCACUUAUCAUCUUCUUCCUCUUCAUCACAAACACCCUCUUCUUCUUCAUCUAAUUCGCGCAAUAUUACAAGGGAUGAGAAUUCUGAUAAAUUGUCUAAUGGAUAUCUCUCCGAUGGACUCAUAGCAAGAGCUCAAGAAAGAAAAAAGGGUGUGCCGUGGACUGAGGAGGAGCACCGGAUCUUUCUGGUUGGGCUGGAGAAGCUUGGUAAAGGUGACUGGAGGGGCAUCUCUAGGAACUUCGUCACUACCAGAACUCCUACUCAAGUUGCCAGCCAUGCACAAAAAUACUUUCUGCGACACAACUCCAUCAACAAAAGAAAACGCCGCCCCAGCCUUUUUGAUGUUGGAAGAGACCGACUUUCUCUUCAAACGAAUAAUAUGAAUCAUCAGAUCUCGACGGCUACUACUGAAUCAGCUGAUCCAUUUGGGUUUUCAUCAGCGAAGUCCACAAUUUCUGGUCUACUGCUUGAUUCCAGCGCCACUAAAAUGGACACUGCAGACAAAAUAUUUGGAAAUAAUAAUGCUGUGUGGCCAUUAAUUAGUCGUCCCAAUAUUCCAAUGGCAGCUCAUCAGUUUGAUGAUCCGUUUGAUUGUAUGGCUGCCUCUUCAACUACACAACCUUCUCUUCCAAAUGCAGCAGCUCCUGAUUUAGAACUCAAACUUGCAGCUCCAAUGGCGCUGGAUGAACCAAGUAAACCAUGUUCUAAGGGGCUUCUGAUUCGACCUAUAAGCGUUUGAAAUUUAAACUGCUGGUACAUUAAUGGAAUCAUGACGUAUAUAUAUUUUCAUAAGUUUUUUUUUAAUGCAUAUUUAGGCACAAAAUGGAUUUUGAAUGUUAAUAAUAGAAUCAGGAAGAUUCAGUGGAUGACAAAAUAGAGUACUAAUCUAAUGAUAUGUUGAAGGAUUUUACGCUUCUUGA